AUGCCGUUCCUGGAGUACUUGCACAUUGGACACUGCCGACUCAAUAUCACCAGGGACUACAUGCAGACAGCCGUGGACGCCUUCGCAAUACUCAUCGGCGGAGACCUGUCAGAUGUGGAGCGGUUACCAGGGUCAUAUGUGUUACGGUCUGCGCGCACAAUUGCCAUGAUGCGAUUAGCUCGUGAAAAACUAGCAGCCACAUGGUACGUGGUAAAAGGUACCACCCCAACCAAUAAGAUCACAUUCGAGACGCUGGAGAAGUUCCGCCCACUGUUCAAGUAUGUCAACGGCAGGGAGAUGGCCAAUCUCAACCUCUCGGAUAACAAGAUACUGUCUUUCAUCGGUUCACAUCCUGAUCUUAACAGGCAUCAGGUAGGCGUAGUGGCGAGCAAGUACAUAAGACUAAAUCCACGAUGGACUGAUGCUAAAUACCUGAACAUCAUGAACAACUUGCUAUGUGGAGUGCCCAUGAUCUUCAUGCGAAGGAUCCCAGAGAACACUUACUUGCAGCUGACACACCAAUUAUUUUACCACAUACGAGCAUGCGAUCCCUUGCAGCGCAGAUUUUAUUUAGCCAUGAUGAUGAAAACUCAGGCGUUAGGCAAAUCAUACAGUUGGAGCGCUCGAGAAGUGUCCCGGCUGGGGUUGCUGCUAGCUGAAGUCAGUGGAAAAGACCUGAGUGCUAUCAACCCUGAAGCUGUUGCUGGUAUAACCCCACAAGUUAUGUUAGAAAUGCCGAUACAUAGUCUGAAGUCGAUCACGGAACUACAGCUGCGGUACUUGCAUCCGAAGGCGCUCAACAUUUUGGCGCGCAAGCUCAUUGAAUAUCAAAACGAACAGCUUGAAGCUUCAGACUCUGGAGUAACCCUUCGCAAGCUUACAAUACGUUUGUUUAUGACCAUUUGGUUUAUUUCUAUGAUGAUAUAA